AAUUAGGAUAACAUACUGAUAGUAUUCACAAUAAAUAGUGAAGUUGGGCAAUUUUUUUCACCAGAGUUGAUCAAUUGGUACACGAUGCGUGCUCUACUCCUGUUAGCUCUUGUAGGCGUUGCCCUAGCGGCCCCCAAAUCUGGGACCCGCAUCGUGGGGGGAGAAUCCACCACCGUGGAGCAGUACCCCUAUAUGAGCAACAUGUUGUACCACCUGUGGGGAAUCUGGUGGACGCAGUGGUGCGGAGGCUCCCUCAUCACACAGACCGCUGUUCUCUCGGCGGCUCAUUGCUACGAAGGUGACCUCGCAUCUGCCUGGCAGAUUCGUCUCGGCUCUUCCUUCGCAUCAAGCGGCGGACAGGUGAUCCCGGCCUCCCAGCUGGUGCUGCACGCUCAGUAUGACGGCAGAACAAUCGACAACGACAUUGCAAUCAUCAGGCUGUCGUCCGCCGCCGUCCUCUCCAACUCUGUAGGCCUCGCGCGCGUCGCCGGCCCUAACUAUCAGCUCCCUGAUAACACGGUCGUCACCGCCAUCGGAUGGGGUGCUCUCACUCAAGGAGGCAGCAGUCCCGAACAGCUCCAGCACGUGGACGUGAACAUCAUCAACCAGGAACUUUGCGCCGAGCGCUACGCCUACCUGAAGACUCAACCUGGCUACCAGAAUUGGCCCGACGUUACUGACGGAAUGCUGUGCGCUGGCAUCCUGGACGUCGGCGGCAAGGACGCCUGCCAGGGAGACUCUGGAGGUCCCCUGUCUCAUGACUCCGACGUGGUCGUCGGCAUCACCUCCUGGGGCUUCGGAUGCGCUCACGCGUUCUACCCCGGAGUGAACGCUCGCGUCUCAUCCUACACCCAAUGGAUCGUGGACAACGCUUAAGUUAUUUAUUUUACGCUUAAUAACUGAUUCGAUGAUUUUAAAAUAAUAUAGUUAAUAAAUUCUUGAAAAUGCCUAUAUGUUUUUUUAUCAUGUUUUUCGUGCUGUGGUAUAUAAAUGAAUAAAUCUAAUUUUAGUACAUAAUUGGCUGGAAACGUCACGAUUUGCAAAAAUUACAAUUUUGCCAUUUUAUUUUUAAAUUGUAUAUUUCUGAUUGAACUAAUCAAAUAAUUAACACCUUUCUUCAGAUUAAAAAAUAUAGAAAUA